AUGGAAGAGUUUGGGUCAGCGUUGGAGAAGAAUGUGGCCGAUUUAACGGUUAUGGACGUGUAUGACAUAGCCGCGGUGGUGGGCCAGGAGUUUGAGCGGAUCAUUGAUCAGUAUGGAUGCGAAGCUCUGUCCAGGCUCAUGCCAAAAGUGGUGCGGGUGCUGGAGAUCCUGGAGGUGAUGGUCAGCAGGAACAGCAUCAGCCCGGAGACAGAGGAGUUGAGGCUGGAGCUGGACAAACUACGCCUGGACCGGAUGGACCGGCUGGAGAAAGAGAAGAAACAUAAGAAGGAGCUGGAGCUGGUAGAGGAUGUAUGGAGAGGGGAGGCCCAGGACCUGUUGUCUCAGAUCGCUCAGCUUCAGGAAGAGAACAAAACACUCCUUACUAACAUGUCCAUCAAAGACCCCAUGAGUGAAGAGGACCUGCAGAGGCACGAAGGUAUGUCGGAGCGGGAGCGUCAGGUGAUGAAGAAGCUGAAGGAGGUGGUGGACAAGCAGAGAGACGAGAUCCGAGCCAAAGACCGCGAGCUCACGCUCAAGAACGAGGACGUUGAGGCACUCCAGCAGCAGCAGUCUCGUCUGAUGAAGAUCAACCAUGACCUGCGCCACAAGAUCUCCGUGGUGGAAGCUCAGGGGAAAGCCCUCAUCGAGCAGAAGGUGGAACUGGAGGCGGGAGCUCAGGCUCGGGUACAGGAAAUGGGAGCACUUCGGCAGGAAGUGACACGUUUAAGGGAGCGCCUGCAAGGAGACACGCCUCAGGGUCUAGAGGAGCCUCCUCCCCAGCCCCCCUCCCCCGCACAGCCUGGUAGCCCCUGCUCCUCAGAGGUGGGGGCUCAGGGUGUGGGCUGGCCAGAACCAGACAGACACUACCACCCUGAGCUGAUGUUGGGGGGGUACGAUCCGGCCCAGCGCCUCCCGUCCCUGGAUGACGAUGAUGAGGAUGUAGAGGAAGAGGCAGUGUUGCUAUGGGAGGCGAUGUGUGAUGAGGACACACCUGCUCUGUUCCAACACUUUACCAAGGAGGCGCUAUGUGAUGAGGAGGGGGGAGGCCUGGACCAGAAGGAUCCCAACAGGCCUCGGUUCACACUGCAGGAGCUGAGAGACGUUCUGCACGAGAGAAACGAGCUCAAGGCCAAAGUGUUCAUGCUGCAGGAGGAGAUCGCCUACUACAAAAGUGAAGAGGCAGAGGAUGAGACCGGCCCCCCUACUCCUUCCCCUUCUCCCGAACAACUGAGGGCACGGCCCCGACCCAACGCACAGCCCGAGUCAGGAAUCAAACGCCUGUUUAGCUUCUUCUCUCGCGACAAGAGGCGGAACUCCCAGCGGAAUGCACAGUUUGAAGACAGCUUCAGCUCGUGGGCGGGAAAGGAUGAGGUGUACACCGAACAGGCCCAGGAGGCUUUGCAGCACAUAUAGGGCACGUUCCUCUGACCAGGCGUUGUUGACGCCUGCCAGAUCUUACAACGCAUGGAUAGGUAUUUUAAGUAUCAGCUAAUCACAUCACAUGUUAUAGCAAUCUGUCAGGCGAUGAAAUAGUCAAUGACAUGGCAUGCAACCAUUAGUUGAUGUGUGCAACGUCUUAGCAGGAGAACGUGACCGUAGUGGUUGGACAGCGCUUUAUGAUGAGGUCACUCAGAACCAUCUCACUGUAAUGCCACCAUGUGAGCUGCAGCAGCACUUAAGGGACAGUUUGGAAUUUACUGGGGUGGGGAGUUGGUCCAAAGUAGGGGAGGCUUGUCAAACGUAUUUUUUUGCAUUGGGGAGGGUUGUGUGAUUAUUUUAUUGGGAACAGGGGAUGGUAGUGUAUUUCUUCCCUGGUUUACAUUCCCCAUUUUGCAGGUUUUACUAUAUAAUGUAUUCCAUAUAGUCACAUUUCCUCAUCUGCUUGCGUGCACCUCCCCUAUCAAGGUGUUUUGGUACUUCCCUUAUGUACUACACUUUUCUGCAUGAUUACUAUACAGUCAACUCUUCCUGCCCUCUAUACAUAGUGACAAUAGUGGUAGGUGGAUCUGCAAUAAGUUAACUAGCAAUCAUACCACAUAGAAAAUCAUUCAAAUCUGCACCUAUUUUCAAUAUAAAUCCACAAGAACAUAAACGAAUAGCUGAUAGGCAGUAGAGAGCCUAAGGUGCAUCAUUGCGCAGGAAAGAACAGUCAAGACAUGAUACAUGCGGCUCAAAAAGCUCUCCUAUUCAUCUUGUUUAGGCCAAACACAUUUUAUCUACUAUAACUGAUACCCCUCUUCACAGUUCUAAAAAUAGUAAAACAUUUAAUAAAAUAGUGAUUCAUUUAGUUAAUAUGAAUCGAUUAUUUUAAUGGAUUGUUUUUUACUAACUGAACGAUGAACGAUGAAAGGUUGCAAGUUCGAAUCCCCAAGCUGACAAGGUAAAAAUCUGUCGUUCUGCCCCAGAACGGGCAGUUGACCCACUGUUCCUAGGCUGCCAUUGAAAAUAAGAAUUUGUUCUUAACUGACUUGCCUAGUUAAAUAAAUGUAAAAAAUAAAAUAAAAAUGUGCUUCGCCAGGUCGCAGUUGUAAAUCAUAACUUGUUCUCAACUGGCCUACCUGAUUAAAUAAAGGUGAAAUAAAAAUUGUACAGUGGUAGUUGGGGUUAAAUUGUGGUGAAUCGAAUCAUGGGAAUCAAAAUAAUCAUUUGAGAAUCGCAAAUAGUAAAAGGAAACAAUUUAGCUGUAGCCUUCCUUUCGAAUUGUGUCGAUGCAAAACUCUUUGUUGAUACUUUAAGUUGAUUUGGACAUUCAAUUUAUGGGACGUUGCAACUCAAUAGAUGCUAGUAGUCAGCCUGAAUUACACACUUCUAAUGGGAAGACUAUAAAAUCCGCGGUGCAUGCUGAAACCGUCAUAUACAACGUUUCCCCCCCAAAACCUUCCAAUUAAAUGUUGACUGCAAAGUAGGCCUACCUGGCAGAAUGAUAUCAUGAAGAUUGGUAUCAAUCGGGUGUAUGUUUGUUUUGCAUACUCUGCCAUCACAUGUGCAGUACAGAAACCUGACAGGAACACUUCUAUCCUAACACAAAUGUACUGUGAGUAAAAUUUAGCUGGGACAUGCUUUCAAUGGUGUUCUCCAACACCUGAAACCAAUAUUUUGGAUUAGGGGGGUACCCUGACUGGGACUCAAACCCUGGUCCCUGUGACUGGCAUUCCAAAACCAUUAUACUGUCACAAUCCUCGCUAUAUGAGCCAUGAUACGAUUUGGGUUAAACCUAUUGGCACGAUGUGACCGGGUUUCACUUCCUUGGCCUGCUGUUUGCUACAUUGGUGUCAAAAUUGGGAAUACAAAGAGGCUAAAAUCUCUUGGUGAGGCCGCUAGGUCUUGUACAAAGUAUUUUUUGUAUUUAUUAAAAGGGGUACAACUUUUAUUUUAUUUUUUAUUAUGAAUAUAUUUUUAUUCGCUGUCUUGCAUCAAAUAAAUCCAUUAUUCAGUUAAUUACAUUUGUAUGGCCUUGGGGACAAUACAUGAUCCUACCAAGACUAGCCUACAACACCACAAUGCAAUGAUUAUAAGGUCUACAAAGGCACAGUACAGGACAGUCUGACUGUAUUUUUACUUCUGAUACCGAUGCGCUGUCUGUUGCCGAUCAUCAUCCUCCCAGCAGGCCAGCAUUAUGAUCGGCUAUUCCUCGAACCUAACGCUUCAAUAUAGGCUAAAUAUUUGUAAUUUAAGUUUAAAAAUAUAUUACCUUUUACAUUUGGCAUAACCACAACCAGUCAACAAUGUUUUAAUCUGAUUAGUUUACUUCAAAAGUCUCCUGUAGGCUACCUGCGCAUGUUCAUCCACUCCACUAAUUCCAGCAUCCAAACUGCAACGGACAUUCGAUCUGUUACAAAACACCAAAACGUUUCAUGACAUUCGGAGAUUGUCAAGCCAAGCGAUCGACACUGAGUAGGAAGGGAUGUAUUUUCAGUUUGUCGAGAUUUACAUACUCUAUUUGAUUUUGGUGUUGAAAACGCAAACCAUGAUGAAACGCUCAAAGUCGGCAAUCGGUAUGCAGUUAUUUGUUGCUUAUUGGUUGUGUCUGGUGAAUUGGCAAAGAAACGUGUUAGUCUAACAUUUGUUGCAUAUAUUUGAUAUAAUUAGAAAUAUGGCAUCAAAAUGUUGAAAAUCUGAUUUCCCCCUAGCUGAUCAUUGUCUGCAGCCGGCUCUGAUCGCAGUGUAAUGAGUCAGGCAAGAAGAGUGAGCUUGUGAACCCUCAGCCUUCUGGCCCGUAGCCCUGCGUGGCAUCGACUGUGCCACAAAACAUGCUGAAGUGGUCAAGUCGAUAUCCAUGUUUAUAAACACAAGGUUGCUACAGCUAUUGUUAUUUAUUGUGGUAAUCAUUCUUUUUGAGUACAUUUUCGGGGGGGGCACAUUUUGAACUGUCCCUAAAAGCAUCGUAAUGGUCAGCUUACUUCACAGUACAGCACAUCAGCUCCAAGUCACAGAGUAAUUCAAUCAUUCACCCAGCAUCUAGAAUAGUGUAUCCUAACCUACUUUGUCAGUGAACUCCUUGCCUUGCCUUGGCGCUGUGGUUAGUGUGCAGUAGCGCUGCAUGGGUAAAAUCACUGCAGAAGCCAAGACAGAUUAUUCCCCCCCCCCCCCCCAUAUUACAA